GAACACGCGUGUGUGCUGUGUGUGUGUGUGUGCGAGUGCGUGCGUGUGUGUGUGUGUGUUUGUUAGUGUGUGAAAGAGCGAGUGAGGUAGAGAGAGAAGAAAACUGCGAAAUCUGUCAAGGUUUUCCUGGCGUUUGGUUAUUCCUCUCGACGCCUGUGCCGCGCUGACUCGGGUCGCGUGCUGGAGGAUGAGUUCAUUUAGCACCAGGGCACUGACGCUUCUGUCGUCGGUGUUUGGGGCGUGCGGGCUGCUCCUGGUUGGUGUGGCUGUGUCGACGGACUACUGGCUGUUAAUGGAAGAGGGUAUUGUCCUGCAGCAGAACCAGACCAAUGAGGUGAAGAUGGCUCUGCAUUCUGGACUCUGGAGGGUCUGUUUUGUGGCUGGGCCAGAGAAGGGGAGAUGUGUGGCAUCUGAAUACUUCACCGAGCCAGAAAUAGAGAUCACUACUGAGAACACAGCCAAUAUACUGAAAAUGGUGAGGACGGCCACCCCCUUCCCGAUGGUCUCACUCCUCUUCGUCUUCACGGCCUUUGUCAUAAGCAACAUCGGCCACAUCCGCCCUCAGCGCACCAUCCUGGCCUUCGUCUCUGGAAUCUUCUUCAUCUUAUCAGGUUUGAGCUUAGUGGUCGGUUUGGUGCUGUACAUCUCCAGUAUCAACGAUGAAGUGAUGAACAGGCCUCGAGAGCCAGAGCAGUUCUUUCACUACCACUACGGCUGGUCGUUUGCCUUUGCUGCCAGCUCCUUCCUGCUCAAAGAGGGUGCUGGGGUCAUGUCUGUAUAUCUCUUCAUGAAGCGCUACGCCGAGGAGGAGAUGUACCGGCCCCACCCUGCGCUGUAUCGCCCCCGUCUGUCUGAAUGCAGCGACUACAGCGGCCAGUACCUGCACCCCGACUCGUGGCCUCCUCCUCAGCGCGGACGCAGCGGCUCCGAGGUGUCCAGCGACAUCUCCAUUCAGCUCAACCAGGCCCCACUGCCUCCGCCCAAAAGCAGCGGGCCCUCCAAUCCGGCCUCUUCCUCGGGCCCCUCCUCCGGGGCCAGCUAUCACCUCCCACCUGCUUCUUCCUCCUCUUCCUCUUCCUAUCCUCACACCAUCCACUCCUCCCAUUCUGGUGGCCACGCCCCUCAGUCCCUCCCAAUGGCCACGCCCCCAUCCGCCGUCCCGCCCCCUCGCUACCACGCACACAUGCGUAUGAGCGCCUCUCCGUGUUAGAGAUUCCUCCGUAUGCGAUACCUAAGCAGAAAUAUGUGCAUAACAUUAGGUAAGAGGAUCACCGGGGCUUUUAGUACUCCAGAGACUACGGGAGAAAAAUGGCAAAAAGGGUGCUAAGUUGAAUAGAGGUUGGCGAGGAAGCACUUCACUUACAAUUCUGUGCCUGAAUGAUGUUUUAACAGAUUUUUAGAGCGAGAAUAAUAAGUGAGGGAAUAGCAUUUAUACAUAUGGAAAGAAUGUAUGGAGGAGGAGGAGGACGAAAAUAGGGAAAAGGUACAAAAUAGUUGAGAACAGUUGUAUCUAAAUUUGUAUGUAAAAUGUUUAAAUCUUAUUGACAGCAUUUUUCAACAUAUAUCAUCAGAAUCAUGAGGCUAUUUCUCCAUUUCUUGUUUAUACAAAAGCAAAAAGACACGAAUGUGCCCGAAAGGUGGCGGAUUUCUUUUAAUGGUGUGGCAGAUUUAUUUGCAUCAUUUCUGUACAUAAUGUAUCAAAAAAACAGCAGUCAUCUAGUGUAGUCCAACAUAUUUACCUGUGUUUUAUCACGUGGGCAAAGGUGCAGGGGGCCCGAUUGGUCCUUUACUAUCAAUUUGUAAUGUUUUUAGAUUUGUACAUCAGGGUAGAUGUUCUACAAAGCUGGCUGAUUAUGUUGUACGCUUGGCCCGCUUGUUUUCUUGUGCUCUCAUGUUCAAAAAAAAAAAAAAAAAACAGAAAAAAUUUUAGCAGUGAUAUAGCACGACACAAAAAGGAAACGUUUGAACAUAUUAAACAUAUUUACCUUCACCUAGAAUGGAGGCUGACUCCUAUAUGAAUGCCAGAGAUCUACUCUCCUUCACUGUUCAGUCAUGCAGCCGUUACUUCUCUUUUAUCACUACAACUAUUAAUUGAAAUGUUUAUUAUACAAAAUGAAUUGUAAACGUGUUAUAUUACAACCGAAGCUAUUGUAAAUCAGUCCUGUGCGUGUUGCAUCAGUGUUUCAGAGAUCGUGUUUUAGAGUAAUAUGGGUUAAUGAAAAAUAAAAACAGAUAUCAUCACGAGGAAGCCUUCGGUAGCACAAAGCUACGGUGUUUAGUUUUCCACCUCGAGUGAACGGUUGUUCUGCCCCUUGUAUCUUGCGCCAUCUUCUGGUCAAGCAUUAAUAGUGCAUCAAAACAAGCACUGAAGUCUUAGCUACAGUAUAUGGAAUCUGUAUUCAAUUCAUUGACUAAAAUGAGGCAGAUGAGUCAGCAUGUCCAUAACUGGUGCCUGCGGAUUCUGCAUCGACUGAGCAAUGCAGUAAAGAGAAUAUGUACAGUAUGAUUAUUACACCACCAAACCCCUUUCCCUAAUAAUACAUGAACAUUGACCGUUGUAGAAAAAUAUCCCUAAAUAAGUAACAAAUAUUAUCAUAAUUUUGUGUUAUGCCCUAUUUUCAUGCACAAAUGCUUGAAAUGUUUUCCAGAGAGUUAUAUCUGAUAGAGUUCAUUAUUGUGUGUAAAUAUUAUAAACAUAAAUAGUUAUAAAGAACAGGACUGGCUCCUGCUGGAUAGUAAAGAAAAACAUAGAAUAGCCAUUUAUAUUAUAGCCAUAUUACAAGUGAAAUAUGCAGACGUGAAAGUAUGACAUAUGGAAAAUUAAAAGAGCGAGAGGAAUGAUUUUGUUUUAACCUAAUAUUUAUUCAAGCAAUGCUGAUGGUACAAAUUUAGUCUGCUUUUAAGUCUCAAGCGUGUAAAUAUCUGUUAUUGUUUCUCGUCUGUUGGUAAUAAUUGCGUUAUAAUGAUCUUUCUGUUCUCACUGUUACAGUUGACAUUUUGACAUUUGUUGUUGUUGCGGUCUACGCUGAGGGUCUGGCUUAUAAAUAUAUGUACCAUUUUGCAUGACAUUUUUUUUUCGUCUUCUCACACUUUUCCUCAUUUUUUUUUUCUUCUUUCUUUCAUUUUUUUCAUUCCUGUGGCUGUGGGGGGUUCUUUGUCUUGAUUUGUCUCUCUUAAAGUCCCAUUAAGCUACAGCUGCCUCUCUCAUUUGACAUGUCUUUUUCUCUUUUACCCCUCAUUUCUCUCUUCUCUCUCUCAACCUUCCAGGCUUUAGUUUUUCAGUUUUCAGUUUUGCAUGCCUUUGCCUUUGCCUUUCAUUCCAUAAUGCCAAAGCAAUUGUGCCUGAUACUUAAGAUGAUGAUGACAGUUAUUAUUAUUAUUACUAUUAUUAUUAUUAAAACUGUGGCAUUUCUUCUUUGUAAUCUGGAAUUUGCUAAAUAAAACUUAAGAAACUGAAAAAAUGUA